UGUCUGUUCCACAGGGCGGAACCUUUCAGCAUUGUGUUUCCACCCGGUUUAAUGGAAAGUGACGCCUUGGUUCGCUUCCGGGUCGGGGAUGCAAACACACGUGAGAAGUGAAGAAAACUAACUCUGACUGGACUACAACAGCUUUAUCUGCAGUGGACAGGAUGGAGGGGAAAGAGAAGGAGCAGAGGAAACAUCAGCAGAAGCACAGCGGGCCGAAGGCAGAGAGGAAGAAGCUGAAGAAGCAGGGUCCAACCACAGAGGAAGAUGCUCGCAAACGCAACCCCAAAGCCUUUGCUGUGCAGUCGGCUGUACGCAUGGCCAAGACCUUCCACAGGUCCCAGGACAUAAAGACCAAAAAGCAUCACAUCCCCCUGGUAGACCGGACUCCCCUUGAACCCCCUCCAGUUGUGAUUGUAGUAAUGGGACCCCCCAAGGUGGGAAAGAGCACCCUGAUCCGCUGCUUGAUCAAAAACUUCACCCGGCAGAAGCUGGGGGACAUUGUUGGACCUGUGACCAUCGUCUCUGGAAAGAAGCGUCGCCUCACUUUCAUGGAGUGUAACAACGACAUUAAUACAAUGAUCGACCUCGCAAAAGUAGCUGAUCUGGUUCUGAUGCUGAUCGAUGCCAGCUUUGGCUUUGAAAUGGAGACUUUUGAGUUCCUGAACAUCUGUCAGGUGCACGGCUUCCCUCGCAUCAUGGGUGUGUUGACUCACCUGGACUCCUUCAAGAACAACAAGGUCCUAAGGAAGACCAAGAAGAACCUCAAACACCGCUUCUGGACCGAGGUCUACCAGGGGGCCAAGCUGUUCUACCUGUCCGGCAUGGUGUACGGUGAAUAUCAGACUCAGGAGGUGAAGAACCUCGGCCGCUUCAUCUCAGUGAUGAAGUUCCGUCCCUUGGUGUGGCAGACCUCCCAUCCCUAUGUGCUGGCGGACCGGUGAGUGGUUC